GUCCAUCACGAGCAGCAUGAACUGCCAGCAUCACCUGCUGUUCACACAACACAUCGAAAUGAGCCAGAGGUGUUGCAGAGCCAGGAUCAUACCGGCUACAGCAAGGGCGAGACUCCGGGCACCAAAGCCCAGACCGACGACAUAUACCAGCUUUCGGCAACACUCACAGAUCUUUCGUUCCAAGUCUACCACCAUGAUAGCACACCAGAAACGCUCCGCCAGAAGCUUCUCUUUCGCAAUCACCAAUGUCUACCAGUAUCACAGAAAUUCCGGAUAAGACGCUUGCAGCUGGUUAUGAGCCAGGGGCUGUCUUUGCUAGUUGUGAUUCCGAGCGGGAGAUCCCCAAUGAGAGUGCCUAUCGGCCGCCCAUAGUCGGAGAGGAUCAGGCCACGAACAACGAACCAGUACACCCGAAUAGCAGCUCACCACCGACUGCUCAUCCUACAGAAGCAGAGCCGAAAAUCUACAUGACUAUCCAGCAAUCGCUUCUAAAUAGGACAUCGGGGCAAAGCGCUGCGCAUAGCGAAUCCCACCAUGACUCAACGAGCCCACCGCCGUUCAAAGUGUGCCUUGAUAGCAAUUUAGCCAUACCUGGAACGUACUAUUGGCACCCAGGCGCGCCGGAUUUCGUUAUCUGCUCGUGCUGCUAUGUUGACCACAUCGAAUCGAGCAUUUUCGCGCCCACCAUGGAAUCUCGGUUCUUUGACGUCGGCGAGCCACGGAUCUGUAGGUUCAGCAGGCCACGCAUGAAGGAUCAUCUCUUUCCCGAGGCACUGACCACGGGCUCACUGAGGCGGGCCGCUGAGUGGAUGCGAAGAAGAGCUACGAUUCAAGACUGCAAAGGAACGAACGGUGUCUCUGGAGGCCAAGGUAUGAAGUGGUACAAGUCUCGAAGAGACGAUAUACCCAGUUUUGUGGUGUGUGAGGCGUGUUAUGAGGACCACAUGGCAUUUCAAGAAUCGAGUGGCCAUUUCUUUGCCCUUCCAGAGGACCUCCACAAACCCGAAAACACUUGGGCUUGCGACCUGGCGAUCCCCUAUAUCUUGCGGUUAUGGAAGAAGCUUGGCAAAGACCUCACGUGGGACCAGUUUGUCGCCGAGGCCAAAGGCAGAAUGUCUUUCAACCCGUGCCCAGGAGCGAAAGCAAUGAGCACUUACAACAAGCACUGGUUCGUCCCCAAGACCGGACACGAGGGCUUGAUGGUUUGCGCUGCAUGCUGGGCUGACCAUAUCCUGCUCACGGGCGAAGAUGACAAGUGGCGGCAUGCUGAGGAGCUGAUGGAACUGGCAGGCAACUUGGUGCGCUGCUCAUUUUCCAAUAUGAAUGUCAGUAUGCCGAUGCUCAAAUCACAUGACGAGAAGGAUUACUCCAUUUUCUGGGCCGCCAUGGACAAAUUGUCCAAGACCCCUCCGUGCGAGGCAAAGGGGAUCAGGGGCGGCAAGUGGUGGACGUUGCCCUCCGACCCUGAUAACUUCCAGGUUUGCGCAGCAUGCUACACAGGGCUGGCAGAAACUCUGGGCAUUGAUUAUCUGCUCAUCCCGAAGCAGUCUAUUAGCCCAGACGACACUUUACUGUGCACCUUGAAUCCCAACAGUCCCCGGGCGGCGGCCAUGGUACAAAGAUUUCUUCAGAUGUACUACAACCACGACGCCACCUCGCUUGAAAAUUACGCUAAAGUGUGGGCGCGGAUCCCGCCUUGCAAGGUGGACGAAGACUAUGCAAAUGGUCACUGGUAUGGGUGGCUAGACUGCACCAUCUGUCGCGAGUGCUACCACGAGUUUGCGAGCAAGUACCCUUCCAUGGUUGCGGCGAUGGAGCUUGAGGACAGACUGCUGCCCAACCCAGCCGUGUGCGAGAUGUACAGCCGUCGUAUGCGAACCUUGUUCGACAAGACAGCCUCCGACUCGUCUCCACCCGAUCUCAAGCCUCUACUCGAAUUCUCAAUACAUCGUCGAGGGAUCUACUUGGAGACAGUCCCACAGAUGCGCAUGAUGGUGUUCCAGUCCCGGAUGGGCCUCUUCCAGCAGCAGUCGCUCAAUGCACAGAGCAGUUUCUACCUGAACAUGGGUUUGGGCAACGAGACGCUGUAUGGUUCAAACUAUACGUACGGUGCGGCGGGAGUAGGCUAUGGCUUCGCCAAUCGAGAUUUGCUGCAUGCAGAGCAGUUGCGACAGCAGGCCAUGGGGAUAAUGGGUGACCAGUCGUCAAGGACAAUGCACGUGGGAAUGCUGCAGGAGAAAUGGAAGGCUGUUGAGUAGUCGUGAGAUUUUGAUAUCUACAACAUUGCCCCCCUACAAGUAAUGAGCCAAAUCGAUGCCUCCGCCGCCCUCUAGCAACGGGAACAGGUUCAAUGCUGAGCUCGGGUCCUCGUUACCUUGGUUACUCCAAAAGUUGGCGUCCAACCCACCGAAUACAUCCCCUGACCCAAAGAAAGACGAAGGGUCCAAGUCCCCGCCGCCCCUCGGCGACGGCACGGUAGACUGCGGGUUGAAUAGUGAUCUGUCGAACAGAGAGUGGCGCCUCUGCGACGCGGACACUGCUGGACUCGCUGCCGUGCUGUUGGCUUGCGUUGCUGGCGAAGCCGCG